UUCAUCACUGCAGACAGCUCUCUCUCACAUACACACACACACACACACACACAGACGCUGGCACGCGCACAUACGAUCCGCUUCCGCGCGGUCAGCUAGCCCGUCAUGAAGAUGAGCUCGCGAUAGUGCAUUAUUUUCCUAUCAUCAUUUUUAUUAUCACGCACCGCGCGAGCUCGGUUUGUCUGCAGCUGCGCGCGCGCACCGCUCGGUGUGUGUGUGUGUGUUGUUUUUUCUAUUUUUCUAUGCGGCGUUUAUGAAGCCGGGCUUCCUCCACCAUCCGGAGCAGCAGCAGCAGCCUCAGUCAGCAUGUCCCGCUCCAGCAGGCCCGCCGCGCCGCACGCGGAGGACGAGCGCAAGCAGCGCCAGCUCCUCUCCUUCCUCUUCUACCAGGCCGUGAGGGACCACAAGCCCGUGUGGAUGCUGGAGGACAUGCGCACUAUGGAGACGUUUCACUGGGAGGAGAGCGCGAGGCAGCGCUCCUACACCCCCUCCGAGGCUCUGCUGUACGCCAUCGUGCACGACCACCAGGCCUACGCCCAGUAUCUGCUGAGCCACUUCUCGGACGGUGCUCUGGCCAUGCCAGGUGAGCGCUUCUGCUGCUGCACCUCCUCCGCACCCCACCUGGCCAUGGCCGUCCGCUACGACCGGCGGGACAUCCUGACCCUCAUCCUGCAGGUGGCCCACCGGCUGCCCGGCCUGCGCUCCUACAUAAACAGGGGUGGGUGUUUCCACGCCGAGGAUGGCAAGACCCCCCUGCACCUGGCCUGCGAACUGCUGAGGUCAGAGGCAGUCAUGCUGCUCCUGGGCAGCGGUGCUUCACCCCAGGCCCAGGACAACAACGGCAUGACCCCUCUGGACGUCAUCCUGGAGCAGCUCUGGGACUCCAAAGUCAACACAGGGCCCAAAAAGCUGUGCCUGGACAGCCUGCUGAUGUUCAUGCCGGACGUCCGCUUCAAAAUGAAGAGCUCGCUGGAGAAGGACCCGCAGUGCUGGUCCAAAGUGCUGGGAGAAGACAAGUUCAACUAUCUGAUAGGAAAGCUGCCAGCACCCCUGUUUCUCAUAGCUAUGCAAACCGUCCUCUCCCAGCUGCCCCCAGAACAGUUCCCCAACAGCCUGGACAAGCUGCCCAUACCGGCUGCCCUCAAACCACUCCCGCAGGCCUUCAAGCCACAAGGCCGCUACACUGUGGCCUAGCGUGUUUUAACCUCUCAGAGAAAUGUGCACUUUAAAACUCUAAAACUCGUAUUUAUUUAAACAUGAUGAACAUGUUGGCAUGAACUGAAACAUUUGACAAUGAAACAGUUUUAACUAGUGUUGCGUGAAUGAUGUGGCAUGAAAUGGUGAAUGAUGGAUGUGUGUGUGUGUGUGUGUGUGUGUGUGUGUGUUUCAGAGCAUCAAAGCCGCAUCAAACGCAACAACUCAACAUGAACUUAACAUGCUGAGCAGCAGCAGCAAUACAUACGUCUUCCUCUUCUCUUCUAAUGCAGCGGAUAAGAUUUGACUUAAUAAUGGAAACACCUGUUUUUAAAUCAUGUUUUUAAGUCACAAGCUUAAAAAAGCAGUGUCUGUGUUUACUACUGGUUACUACUUAAUAACAACAUGAACUGGCUUCUGCUCUUCUCUUAACUAUUUAUUAUUUAUUGUAUAAUUUAUGAGAGUGUCUUCUUACAAUCUGUCAAGUUUUUUUUACAGAAAGCCAAAGAAAGCCUUGGACUCAUAUCACCUGUUCUUUAUUGUUCAGCCUGUCUAUGGGAGUGCUUCCCUACCAAUUACCACAUACCAACUGUAAAACAAAAGGCAGACACACCCGUUAUUACUGACAAACCUGAAGAUCAGGCUGAAUUGGCCUCCUCCCUCCUUCACCUCUGAGUGCAGACAUUUACAACUACUAAUUAUCAUGCUCUGAUUAUAUUCCUGUUAAUCAUUCUAGGACUUCAUCCUCAACAUUGUUCAGCUGUCUGUCACAAUUAUUACCUCAUCUGGUCUGAAAGAGAAAAGAAGACAUUGAUUAAAAAUCUCCAGUGCUGAACUGGGUCCAGAACAGA